CCGGAGGAGACGCCGCCUGGGCCGCACCGUUAUAUUCCCCUCACCGGCACACGGAGCGCCUCAAAGCCGCAGCUUCCUCUCACUAAGCAGCUCCAAACAAACAAACAAACAAACAAACAAACAAAAAAAAAAUCCCCUACAGAGCUGCAACAUGCCUCCACGCUGCCUGCUCGUCGUUUUUCUCUUCGGGAUUGUCUCCAAAGUGCAAAUGACAACGGAGCCUCCUACUGCUGCUGAUAGUUACAACACAACCACAAGUUCCCUUGCAACUACUGAACACAACACAAGAGAAACAACUGGAACUUCAUCGGUUUUUCAGGCGAUAACCGUGGCAGAUACAGUCACAGGGAACAGUACUGAGAUGAUCACCACAGGAAACCUGCCAGGACCCUCAACGGCUCCAAUCACUGGUGGAACCACACCAACAACAGGAGCAGAGACAAAUAGUUCACCUUCUAGUCAGACUACAAAUGGAACUGCUUCAUCUCCACCAACCUACAUGACAACCACUGGCACAUCGACGGCACCCACAACAAUCAGCAACAUGACUGCACAACCUGACACUACAGUAGCUCAGACUACAGCAAUGGUCAACAACAUGACUACAGCAACUCAGACUACAGCAAUGGCCAACAACAUGACUACACUAGCUCAAAUUACAGUGUCAAACAACGGCACAACUACAGAUGAUCUGACCACAGUGACAAACGACAAUGUAACUACAAUGGUUGCAAUUACACCGACAAGCACUGACAUGACUACAAAUGUGUCAAUUGCCCCAACAGUCAACUACACAACUGCAAGUAUGACAAAUACACCACUUGACAAUGAUACAGCAAUGACAACUACAAACAACCACACCACCGAAAAUGUGCCAACUACAACUAAUGAAGACACUACAAGCACAUUUGUCACAGUCACAAACAAUGCCACAGCCACUACAAGUGACAAUGCGACUGUAAGUCCACAAAUCACAUCUACCACUCAGAGCCCAACUAUGGCUACCUCAGGCAAUCACACAGCCACUACAUCAGUUACAGUGAUGGGAAACACCACAGCUUUAAUCACCAGCUCCCCACAUUCCAGCAACAUGACAACAACUAUAAACUCAGCUACCUCAGAGCAAGCUAGUACAACACUGGCCAGCUCUGCUGAAACUUCUGGGACUCCUGCAUCAACCGUCAUACCCUUUACUUCGACUGACACCAAAAACACAACAGACUCUUCACCUCCUACCAGCACCUUCCCAGGCAGUAGCAACACUCCUUCAACCUUCAACCCUUCACCAGCAACCUCAAUAGAGUCCAAUGUUACGAUGGGAGAAACUACUACUACCACUCCUUUACCGACAAAUUCACCCAGCAUCACCACUGAGACCCUGAACACCGACAUCCCUACCUCCACCGGUGGAACCACUGAGAUUUUCACCACUUUUCGGACAACAGAGGGUCCAACCACUCCCACUCCUGUAAUCGUGUGUCCAUCUGUCCCGUGUCCUGUUGAAAGCGUCUGCCUCAAUGGCACUUGCCAGUGUCUCUCUGGCAACUACCUACUCAAUGGACGUUGUGUUCCUGCACAAGUAUUCCCAGGCAGGCUUCACUUCCAGUCGUUAACAUUUGAAGCUCAAAUGAGAGACAGGUCCUCCAGGAUCUUUCAGGAGACAGCAGCAAACAUCUCAGCAGCGCUCAGAGACGUUCUGAAAGAUCAGCCUGGAUAUAGACGAUCAGAGGUUGUUCAGCUUGAACCUGGUAGUGUGAUAGCGAGCGUAAAUAAUAUAUUUGAAGACAGCCCUGCCACUCAAGCCUCUGUUGAUAUGCUCAUUGAAGAGGCUGUAAAAAACCCUGAAGGAUUUCUGAACAAUGCCGCAUACACAGGAACCAAUCUGUGCGAGGUGGAGCCACUACCUUGUGAUGUCUCUAGUACAAAGUGCACAAAUGCAAACGGCCAAGCUUCUUGCUCCUGUAAAGACGGUUACAUCUCCAUGAUCUACUCCAACACCAGCUGCAAAGCUUGUCCAAGUGGGCAGCAGGCAGUACAGGAUAAGUGUAUGACAUGUCCUUUUGGGUAUGCUGGCUUCAACUGCAAUGACUCAUCCCUGCUUGCAGUGGUGAUCAUCUCCUGCGUGUUAGGAGGAGUUCUCCUCAUCCUUGUUCUGGCUUUGCUGGGUUACUGCUGCUGGAAGAGGUGCUCGAGGCCCAUUCCUGACCGCAACGUCAGUCCAUACUCUGAUGAGUUAAACAAGUCAUGGUCUAUUGGCAUCACCCCAAUCCCGCGCGCCACCACGCACUGGGAACCAGCUGGUUCCAUAGAGAUGACAGAAGGGGGCAGCACCAACACGCUGGUGGACAAAAAGCUAGAGAGCAAUGGCUUUGGAUCACAGCUGAUGCAGAAAAGAUGGAAAAAGUCAGGAUCGUACGAUCUGAAUCCAGAGGACAUGAAGACCUUCAAAGGUAAAAACACGUCCCGUUACUCAUACCUGGUCGAAGGGCAUGAGAACCCCUACUUCCUUCCUGGCGAUGAGAAGAGAAACUCCACAAAGCAAUGAUGAUCAAACUCUCUGGGACAACUGGAAAACUUUCUGGGCAGGAAGAGGGCUUUUUAUAAACACUCUUCCAUCCUGAACCUGCUUGGAUAGAUGAAGAACUGUACUGAAAAAACUGCAACCAAAGGGAUUCAAGUUGAGAUGUUUUUAUUAUGCUAUUUUUUUUUAUUUUUUUUUUGUAAAUGUGUGAAUCAUGUCUGCUUUUAA